UACAAAACGGCUCUGGCUCCUCUAGAGAACCAAAGAAGCCAGAGGGAAGCCGUUAGGAGCCCUGCCAAAGGGGCCUAAAGGCCGGUUUGGUAGACAGUAAAAUAGAGAAGAUCUAUAAAAGAGAUAAUCUCUUUGUUAACAGUAAAAUAGAGGAGAUCUAUAAAAAAGAUAAUCUCUUUGCUAGUUUUAAUCCCUUCCAAUCGACUCGAUACAAAUCGUUUUCGUACUCGCAAUUUGCUCGAUCCUCCACUAGGAGUGGGAGGGAGAUCUCAGGUCAAAUGCCUCGGUCCUCUGCCAGACUGUUCCCUCUCACGUGCUGACUGACAACUCCGCGCCGAUCGAUCCACGGGCGUUAUUAGUAUAGAGCGCGUUCGCCUGCACUACAAAAACCACUGUUGCAGCUGCAAAAUACUGUUGCAGCUGCAAUCACCAGAGAGAAAAUACUGUAGAAGCCGCAGCCGCAGUCGGAUUAAAGCCGCAGCGAACAAGCCCAUAUAUCGCCGUCAGAGCCAUCACCCCGAUGGAUCCCUGCGUUUCGUGCUCAGGUUCAGCGGAAACUGAGCCGUGAGCACCGCCGCCGCCACCACCUUUGCGUUUGCGGUGACGACACGACACCAAUAAUGGCGGCGGCAAGGACAAGGAGCCUGCUCGCGGCGGCGUUCCUGGCGCUGGCGGCGGUGCCGGCGGUGCUCUGCCAGGCGCCAGGCCCCGCGGCGGCGGCGCCGCCCAACAAGGGCCCGCCGAACGUUACGGCGAUCCUGGAGAAGGGCGGGCAGUACACGACGUUCAUGCGGCUGAUGAAGUCGACGCAGCAGGACACGCAGCUGAACGGCCAGCUGAACAACUCGUUCGGCAGCGGGUACACGGUGUUCGCGCCCACCGACAGCGCCUUCUCCAGCCUCAAGCCCGGCACGCUGAACAAGCUGUCGCAGCAGGAGCAGGUGUCGCUGGUGCAGUACCACGUCCUGCCGCAGUUCUACUCGCUCGACUCCUUCGAGACCGCCAGCAACCCCGUGCGUACGCAGGCGUCGGGCUCCGACGGGCCCUACACGCUCAACAUCACCGCCGACAGCAGCGGCCAGGCCAACGUGUCCACGGGCCUCGUCGCCACCCGCGUCGGCCAGGCCCUGCGCGCGCAGCAGCCCCUCGCCGUCUACUCCGUCGACCAGGUGCUGCUGGCCAACGACCUGUUCGGCGUCAAGCCCCCGGCGUCCGCGCCGCCCGCCGCCAGGAAGCCGGCCAAGGGCGGGUCCGUCGCCGAGGCGCCCGCCGCCGGCUCGGCUGACGCGCCGCCCUCCGGCGCGGCCGCGCGCGGCGCCAGCAGGACCGCCGGAUGGAGCUCGCUGCCCGCUCUGCUGUUCCUGGCCGCCGCGGCCUCCUUCCUGUCCCUGUUGUGAGAAUGUAAACAUGGUUCGUGCUUGUCGAGCACAAAAGAGCUCGUCUUCUUGCGGUUUGUUUCUCUUCUGGAGUUCUAGUAACCUGGAUCUGUCCCUGAAUGUUGAUGAAGCCAGCUGUUAAUUUCUCCAUGCAUCUUUUCUUCUCAUGAGUGGUCUCGAGUCUGACCGUGCAUGGCUAGAAUUAGUAAUUUUUUCUCUUCUUUUGUUAGCAGAAUCAGUAGUGCUCCGUUUGCUUCAGCGUUGUUUCAGUUCAGUGUGCGUUUUUAAAAUUUCAAAAGUCCCAUCUUGCAGCGGCUCCA